AUGGAUCCGAACACCAAGCUCCUCGUCGAUGAGAUGAAGGCAAUGCGCUCGGCUUUGGAGGGCUGCAUUGGAGGCGUGGAGUCGUUGCUGGGCAAGGUGGAGACCUUGCUGGGCCGACGGAUCAGGUCGGUCGAGAGCUUCAUCUCCGAGCGUUUCGCCAAGCUGGAGGAUGCAGCCCAGGUGUUCGACACCUCGAAGCCGACAAUCGAUGCGUCGGUGAAGGAGCUGCGUCUCAAGAUGGGCGCGAUCCACAAGUCCAAGGAGGCCGUGGAGAAGAUGCGUGAAGAGAUGAUGGCGUUGCGCAAGACGGAGGAAUUAGUGGAUCCAUCCCGACGUCGUGAUGGAAGGCGGUCCAAUGGUUGCAGCUUUCUCAAGCUGCCACCGAAUGGGGCGAUGCCAUUGCCUACCCCUCCUGUGGUGGACAAGGGUGGCCGGGACCAAGUUUUGGUAGUGGAGGUUCUGGCAGCAUCUACUGGUCAGACUCCAGCCUGGGCUAUUUUGCUCAGUGGUACUGUUCAAGGGCGAUCAGUCACUAUUCUCAUGGACUCUGGUAGCUCUUGUUCAUUUCUCAGUGAGUCCUUGGCAGUUCAUCUUUCUGGGGCUUCUCAACUGAACAACACACCCAAGGUUCGUAUUGCGGAUAGCAGUUUGGUUUCUUGUUUUCUCGGGUUCAAGACCUUGCAGUGGGAAGUGCAAGAUACGGUGUUUUAG